AUGUCUGACGUGAAAACCAUACAUGCCUCGAAGGUGACCAUCCCACCGUGGCAGACCUUAGCGGUCUCGGGGUUUGCCGGGAUGUUCGCCUGGUGCUUUGCCCAUCCAUUUGAAAUGUGGAAGAACACGUUGAUGACGUCACCGGAGGGAAAGAACGGCCAGAUGGCCGCUUUCAGGGCCACGGCACAAAAAGGCUUUUACCGGGGCCUCUCAAGCGGGCUGGGGCGGCAGAUAGUGUAUACCACUGGCCGUCUCGGAUUCUACCCCUCCUUUCGUGACACGCUGCUGAGAGCGGAGGUCUCAUUGGGCCUGAAGCAGACUGCGGAUCCGACCAAGGCCAACAUCCUGGAUCGCGCGUUGGCGGGUGCGGGGGCGGGUGUCUUUGCGUCCUUUCUGUCCUCUCCUGUGGAGGUGUGCAUGGUGCUGCAGACCACCACCGCGUCGCAGAAGAAGAUGUCAAUUCUGGGAGCCGCGAGCAGGAUAUGGACAAGCAGUGGCCUCAAGGGGUUCUGGUUUGGCUUUGGUGCUUUGGGUUCGCGUGCUGCCCUGGUGGGUGUGGCGCAGGUAGCUGUGCAUGACCAGUUUUUAACAAAGCUGCGUGGAUAUAACCGUAAGCGCUCGGUGCCCUUCGACGACAACAUUAUUGUGAACAUCGCGAGUGUGCUUACCGCUUUUAUUUAUGGUAUUGCUACCAUGCCUGUGGAGCUCGCGAGGGUGCGCAUGUCGAUGGAGGCCAAACUUCCAACCGGCGUGGAGCGGCGCUACACGAAUGCGGUCCAGUGUGUCACUAAAAUUAUCCGUGAGGAGGGAUUCUUGUCAAUGUACAGCGCUUUCUUACCGUACUUUUCUCGUGCUGCAUCGCAUACAGUGAUAUGCUUCUUUGUUCUUGAGUACCUGACACGGAGAUUGAAGACUGCUAAGGCUGAGGCAGCUGGGUACAAGCUGGUUCAGUGA